AUGGCAGUUUAUCUGGACGAUGGUGCCAUUGACAGUUCAUUACAACUCCAUAAGGCACAUGUAUUAGAAGUAUUAAUUAUAGAACUCAGUCGACAAUGUCCUGUUGAAGUUGAUGUCGGAAAGUGCAUUGCUAAUGCAGUUGAUCGUAAGAUUUUUGUUGAUGUUCCUUCUCUGGUUUGCUUCCCGUCCCUCAAAUAUCUUUAUCUUUUCCGUGUGGUAUUCAAAGAUGAUGACUCUCUUGCUAGGCUUUUAUCGAAUUGUCCUAUUCUCAAGCUACUGUAUGUGGACCGACUUGACCAAGACAACGUGAGAAACUUUAGUAUUAAAGUGCCUUCUCUAAAGACCUUAUGGUACAAUUAUUUGCCGGCACACAUUUUAGAGGGAUCUUUGGUUAUAGAUACCCCGAAUGUAAAGAAAAUGUUCAUCUCAGAUAACUCUGGAAAUUCAUGCUCGAUUGAAAACAACCCUCGCUUUGAUGAAGCAGGUAUCAACUUUUUUUGUAACCCUGAUGACAAGUUUAUGAGAUCUCUUUCUUCGGCCAUGAAUCUCGAAAUAAUUUUGACACAGGAACGGUACGUAUCGUUCUUUUAA